AUGUCUUCCUUCACUUUCUUGUUGCUUUGCAUCCAGGCUUGUCUGAUCCAGAAUGCCUACAGUCAAAUAGCGGGGCCCUGGUUGCCUGGACGCGGGUACGGUGCAGUCAGCGAGGCAGCCGCCAGUGCAGCCGUCGACGUCGAGACUGUCAACCGAGGAGGAUGGGGCUACGGUGCUCCGCUAGCUGGCUAUGGACUCGGUAAUGGAUAUGGCUUGGCUGGUGGAGCAGCUAGUGCUAGCGCAGCCGCUGCCGCUGAAGCAUCCGGUUUUGGCAUCGGUAACUUGGGAUAUGGAGGUCUAGCUGGAGCUAACGCUGCGGCUGCAGCCAACGCUGGUGCCUAUACUGGACUUGGAAACUUAGGAUACGGAAGUCUGGUUGAUGCUAGCGCUGCGGCUGCGGCUGCGGCUAGCGCUGGUGGAUUUACUGGCAUUGGUAACUUGGGAUACGGAGGUUUGGCUGGAGCCGGUGCAGUGGCUGGAGCUAACGCGCUGGCUGGCGCUGGCAUAGCUGGAAUUGCUGCACCUGGUCUCGCCAUCCCUAACACCGGCUACGGCGGUGUAGGUAACGGUCUGGUUGCUGUCAACGGUGACCUGCCAGUCGUUGGUACCACCUUUGUAAAUGGUCAAGUGCCAGUGCUCGGCGCUGUACAGUUCAGCGGCAACCUGCCAGCUGCAGGCACUGUUGCUAUCUCUGGAAACUGUGCAUGCGGUGGUCGUGGCCCCGUGCUGUACUAA